AUGGAGUGUGAGCUACCUGCAGACAGGGACACCUGGACGAGAGAGCAUGUGAGGGAGUGGUUGCUGGGAGAGCUGGACCUGGGCGAGGCCACCGCGCAGAUCCUGUACGAAGCGGAGUUCCGCGGAGACAUGCUGCCCCUGCUGGAUGAGGACAGCCUGCUGAAACUAGGAGUCAAGCCAGGGCCAGCCAAACUCAUCAUCAGACGCCUGAGCGAAUUCAGCGCAGACGCAGUGAAAAACAGCGAGGCGAGCGCCGGGGUCGCGAGGGAGAGGGCGGAGAGGUGUCUCCCGUACCCCUUCAACUGCUUCCACGACAGCUGCAGGUACGUGCUGCACCGCCGGCUGCAGGUGCCGGAAACAGGCCCGCUGAACCUGAUAGAGCCCUGCCACGAAUUCAAAGCGCUUCAGGGAGGGACGCACAGGGAGAAGCUGACGAAAUUCACGGAGGAGGCAGUGCGCUUCGCGGCGGCGUGCCUCAACACCCGCUCCAAUGGGACCAUUCACUUCGGAGUGCUCGACAACCCGCAUGGCAAGAUAGCAGGGGUGGGGAUCGGGAGGGAGGCAAAAUCUGACAAGGGCUCUGCUACGAAAAGCCAGGAGGAGGACUACGUCCGAGCGUGGGAGGCUUUUGGGAAAUAUUUUGCAGCUGAGCACAAGGAGACCGUGAUGAAGUGCAUCAAAGUCCCCCGGUUUGUAGAGGUCUUAAAUCCUAACUGUGACGAGGAGAACACGUUUGUAAUCGAGGUGGACAUCGAGCCCAGACACGCCUUAUGCCGAGAGGACCUUUACUACACUUCUGAAACUUUGACAAACAAGAAGACAAAGAAGCACAGCAGCGAUAGGAGGCAUCUCUACAUCCGUCAGGGGUCGAGCAUAUUCGAUCUGAUGGCGGAGAACAAAGACAAAAACAUCCCGAAACACAGUACGUACAGCAGAAAGACUAUUAAAGAAAUUUCAGAACUGAGAAAAAAGGCAGAGCAGGAACACAGCAGAGGUGUUCAGAACAGCAUGCAGGGCUCACAGCUGACGGAGGCCAUCACUAAUGGCAGUGGUUCCCUGGACAAAUCGAACUUUGAAUGGUACAUACUGGUGACUAACAAGUCCCACCCUGUGCAGCUGGAAUCUCUGCACUUCCUGACACACUUAGACCUGUUUGCUGUCCUGGACUUCGAUCCUGAGUCUAAAUCCGAAGGGCUUUACAGUUUUUUCCGGGAGCAGAGGAAAGCGCGUGCACACUUUCCCGAGGACUACACCCGCACUGACCUGCCGCACGAAACGGUGCGUAAGCUGGAACUGUCCAAGAUCAUCAGCUGGGUUUUCUGCAAUGGCUCCGUGACAGAUGCCGUGAGGCCUUCCUUUCCCACAGCCUGGCGCAAAGAGAAGGGUGCCUCGGUGCGCCGCACUGUCUCCUUCCUGUGCCGCACAGACGUCAUGCCCAGAGGCAGGUUCCAGGUGCUGUUUCUGCUGCUGUCCAGAGUGGACCACCAAAUGGACCCCCUCUUGGAGGCGUUCAGCUCCUUCUACCAGGAGCUGGGAGGAGUGGAGUCCAUGCUGUUCAUCUGCAACAGCGAGUCCACCUGCAACUCGUGGAAGGACCUCGUGGAUGCGAAGUUUGGCGAGCAGAUCACAGACAGGUGCAUUUACAAGCUGAAUCUGGCUGAAGUGAAUGGGACGGUCCUGAGCCUGACCCGCAGCUCGGAGCGGUUUCUGCCGUGCCACAACGCCGCCACCAUCGUUCUCUGGAGGAGGGAUGAGGAGGGCAUGCACGCCCUGAGCGUGCUGUGCGUGAAUCAGUGCGAGGGGCAGCAGGAGAGCAGAGACGAUGUGCAGAGAAGCUUCUACAGAGGUGCCACGCCCACCUGGUGGAACUUCCACCUGUCAGAGGAGUCUGUGGUCAAAAGGGACAAGCAUGAGUACAUCAAAAGGAUGGUCCGUCUGAGAACGUCAGAGCCAGAGAGUGGAGCCUGUGUGACCUUUGACCUCUUCCACCACCCAGGCUGUGGAGGCACGACCCUGGCGAUGCAUGUGUUGUGGUCCCUCAGAAAGGAGUUGCGAUGUGCUAUUCUGAAAGACAACGCUGUGGGUCACCAUGAGGUCGCACGGCAGGUCAUUUCUUUGCUUAAAUACGGCAUCAAGGAAAGGUCGACAUCAGUAUUUCUUCCUGUCUUACUCAUGAUUGAUGGUUUUGAGGACAAAAAUAAAGAGCUCUUGCAGGAAGCAAUCAGAGAAGAAAUCAAGCUUGAAGAUCUGACCACUGGAGACACUUUGGUGGUAAUUCUUAGCUGUGCCAAGUCUCAGACACAGCCAAAAGGCACUGGCAACAGUGACACUGUCUUCCUGGGAAAUAAGCUGUCUGCUAAUGAGAAGAAGCUGUUCGAACAAAGGCUCAAAGAGAUUGAGAUGGACCAAAAGGAGGUGGAAACAUUCUACAGCUUUAUGAUCAUGAAAAACAAUUUUGAUCCAGAGUACAUAACGCGUGUGGUCAAGAGCAACCUGCAGCAUUUCAACUUUGUGGAGCAAAAGGAAGCAAAGCUCUUUGGAGUGCUCGUCCUUCUCCAUGUGUACGCACAAUGCGGCAGUCUCUCAGUAUCCUUCUGUGAGAGGUUCCUGGGACUGGAAGGUCAACCACGGCAUGGGUACCUGAGAGUAGAAGAGGAGUUUGGUCAGUUUUCCAAACUCGUGACUCGCUGUGCAGUCGAGGAAGGGGAGAAAUACCAAGCCGUGCGCCCAAUUCACCGCAGCGUGUCUCAGAAAUGCCUGGAGGAGCUCACGCGCACCCACAGCGUGACAAAGAGGGACAUCGUUCUUCUGUUGCUGCAGGAGGAUGCCUUCCACGACUGCACCCAAGGGAAAAAGAGGCUGGAGGAGGACAUCGUGGGGAUGCUUUGCACAAGGCGGUCUGGUGAGGACGAAAGAGACAGCAGCUUCUCGCCGCUCAUGCAAGCCAUCGUGAAUGAAACGCCAGAAGCUGUGAAGGACGUGUUGACUGAGGCCUGCAGGAGGUUUGAGAACAACGCCUUGAUUUUACAUCUCCACGCGCUGUUCUACAUUGACAGGGACGAUGUCACCGAAGCAUUGAAAUGGGCCAAAAAAGCAAAAAAUAAGGACAGGAAAAGCUUUCUCAUUGCUGACACUUUGGCUGAAGUCUAUAGACGUGAACUAACAGCUAAAGUCGACACCAUCACCGCACCGGCUGUUGCCGUAGAUGAUUUCAGAGAACUUCUGAAGCUGGCUUGUUUUUCGCUCUCUGAAUUCAGUGAAGCCCAGCACCUGUUGACAAAGGAGACAAACAGCCCUAAAAGUAACCCUCAUCGCAGCGCCCGCUUCCCUGCCUCCUGCUUCCUGGGAGAGAUCAGUGUCUAUGACAUCAUACUCAAAUUACUGCGGAAGAGUCCUCUGUUUGCACAAAACAAUGGAGUAAAAACCCUGGUACGAUACCUCUCUGGAGACGUCACAGUAGAUGAUCUGCUGGCUAACAACGGACAGCAUUCCGGCUACAUUACCACACUCCAAGAGCACAACGAACACCUGCACAAUCUGAAAAUGGCAAUGAAGAAGCAAAUUGAUUUUUUAGAGUGUUACCUCUCAAACUUCACCUUACCGUGUUCAGCAAAGGUCUCCCUGAUGGUAACUGACUUGGACUUGUGCUUCAGAACUUACAGUGACGUGUUCUGCAGACUUAGCCCUGGAGUCGAUGCACAGAGCGAACAUCUGCAGGUGGAGGAGAAGAGGAAGGACUUGGAGAGGAUGAAGGCGGACACCUGUAGUGGGAUUCUCAGGUACCUGACUGAUAAGCAAGGAUACGCAGCUAUAGAGGCUAUAGUGCAGAGCUACCAGUUCAUCUUGCAUAAGCCCCAUGGGGAGAUGAGUUUGAGAGAGGAGUUGCAUCUCAUCCUGGCUAGUAUUGUUCUCCGCUACCUAAGUCCACGCUCAACGCGCAUAUACCCAGUGCAGAAGGAAGACAAACUGAAGUCAGAUUUGAAGAAAGCCAUUCAGAAAAGUACACAAACGGCACUGGCCAGCGAGGAGAAGAUCGCGCUGCACUUUUUGUCAAGCCUCCUUUGUUGGGACGAAGAGGACGUCUCUGGGGAAAGGCCAGUGCAGAGCGCUUUGGCCUCACUGACCACGUGCUUCUCGGAGCAGUUCAGGUGCAUGAGCCCUUCAGCCAGUCUGGUGGCUCAUUUCUUCUUAGGGAAGCAGGCCAGCCUCAGCGGCAUUCUGAGCAGAGCGGAGGCAGACCAGCUUUGGGAGGACCGUCCUGGCUGCACCACAGAGGAAGACCCCCACUUCUUCUUCUGUGGUGUGGUGAAGGAGAGUGGGAUUCUCUGUGACACUGACAGAGGAACAGCAGUCCCUCCCGUGGGCAGAGUCCAGCCGGAUGUGAACUCCAGAGUGACCUUCCGUUUCGGCUUUACUCUGGCUGGGCCGCGGGCCUUUUCUGUGAGACACUGGAAGCAGAUACCAGAGCUGCACGGACUGUAUCGCAGCCCUCCUAGUGCCAGGCAAAAUUAUCUGAACUAG